AUGGCGCUGAACAAGCAGUUGCUGGAAGAGGAUGCAUGUUGCGAGGCUUCUCUGACUUUGACAGUGCCCAUAGAGGCGAUUUGGAUGGUGUGUUUGACCGUCUUCAUUGACUCAUUGGGUGGCUCCAUCUCGGCCCCUGUCAUGCCAUUCUAUGCGGAGGAGUUCCACGCAUCCAGCAGUGAAGUAGGCUUGCUCUUCAGCACCUACUCGUUGGCGCAAGUGAUUGCGCUGCCUCUGCUUGGCCGCCUUGCGGAUCGUGUUGGCCGGCGGCCGGUGUUGGUGGGGUCCUUAUUCGGGGCUGCAGCUGGCGCCUUCUGCCAAGGGUUUGCGCCAUCGAUUGGCUGGUUGUUCCUGGGCCGCAUCGUCAGCGGCUUUUGUGGGGCCGUAGGAAGUACAGCCAACGUCUACAUUUGCGACGUCGCGACAGAGGAUUGCCGACCUGAGUAUUUGGGAUACUUGAUGAGCAGCAACGGCUUGGCCUUCGCCUUCGGCCCAGGAUUGGGCGGCGGGCUCUCGAAGCUGGGCCGCAAUGUGCCCAUCAUGGUCAACGGCGCUCUUUGUUUGGCAGCCGGGCUUUUGACCACAUUUUAUCUUCCGGAGAGCCCGGCGUGGGUGUCCCACCAGCAGACGUGUGCCAGACGAGAGAUCGUACGCCAGAAACCCUGCAAGAUGUGGCAGACCUUCUCGCUCAGUGUUUGGCUUGUUUGUGCUGCAGAAUUCCUUCGCGGGGUCUCUUUUUCCGCGAUCUUCGCCAUUUUCGCGCUGUUUGCUUCCGACGUCUACGACCUAGACUCCGUGUCCAUUGGGUUUGCGGUGUGCUGUGGUGCGCUGUGCCUGAUUGGGACCAACAUUUGGGUUUGCCCUCACCUGGACGCUGCCCUGGGCCAUGUGGGCUGCGCUUGCCUGGGCAUGAUGCUGAUCGCCGCAGGGGAGGUCGGUCUGGCCUACUCGCCGAUACUGAAGCUUUCCCUUGUGGGCAUGUGCGUUGUCUAUGUUGGCCAAGCAGUGGCUGGCUGCACCAUCGCAACCAUCACGUCGGUCUUAGCCACAGAUGACAACAGAGGGGCAGUCAUGUCAAUGCAGCAGAUGGCGCAAGCCUUGGGCCGGGUCUUUGGCCCUGUGGUGUUGAGCUUCCUGUUUAGCAGGGACCCACGCGACCCCUAUGCCUGUGCUGCGGUGGCAGCUCUGAUUGGCAGCGCGGUUCUUUACAGUCUGAGAUCGUCCUUCAGCAAGCGAGCCCGAAUCAUGAGCAUUGGGACCCCGAUUCCUCUGCCAGCCCCUCCCCCGUGGUCAAAGGAGGAAUUUACAGCGGAGGAUGUGGAAGACAUGGGCCGUUUCAUGUGCCACUUGCUGACAAGCAGGCACUACCAGUGGCGCGAUCCGCAGAAGCGAGUAGCUUUGAAGAAGAACCUGGAGAUGCUUUUCCCCCCUCUCUCCAGCGAAGCGCAGUGGCACACCAUGACGAACGAAGAGGGCCCAAAGAACUUCGGAAGCCUCAAUGGGCAAGCGGACCCAUCAGCCUCUAUCUCCGUCGGGCAGUUUGUUGUGCGGAACACGCCUGGCAGCUCUGUCAACCGUCGGCGCUUCAAGUCCAUGUCACGGAACAACACCCUGGACCUCCCGCCGGGCGCCAUGGUCUCGCAGGCCAAAACGGCUGUGCGGAUCCUCAACGGGGAGUUGAUCAGCAAGGAUCGGCCAUAUGGAACCGUGGAGGGCGCCUAUGUGAGGAAGGAGCACAGCAGCUUCACACCUGGCAGACGAAAGAGACUUAACCUGGUCGCCAUCUUCAUCAACCUGGUGGCGCCAUGGGCUCUUUUCUGUGGUAUCUUUGCCGCCCUGUCCUUCCAGCUGCAUUACUGGAGCUCCUCCUUCGCCUGGUCCUCGGUGGCGGUGGGCCUGCUAUGCGCCGCAGUGGCCGCCUUUCUCGCACACAGGACCCGGAUGCGCGAGCAGGAUCCCACGUGGUGCACCUUCGCGGCUCUGGCGUACCUUACAGCCACUUUGCUGGCUGCGUUCUUCGGCGACAUGAACUACUGGUACAACAUGCAGCCAUAUUAUGACAUCGAGAGCAUCAACUCGUACCCAAAUGUCAGCCCUGCCCGAGAGAGAGGACAGCAGCUCAUGGAUGCUGGCAGGGUCUACUUCGAGGAUGGCACCGUGUUGGACACCAGCAAGUCCAUGUCCUUCAAGAAUUUGGACAGGUACUGCGUGGCGCCCAUCAUCAGCGGCGAGGCCCCGCUGUCGUCCUAUGACUUCUGGGCUGUGGGAGUGAAUUGCUGCGGUUCAUCCACUUCAGCAUUCCGCUGUGGCGAGUACAACAACCCGAAAGCCCGGGCUGGAUUGCGUUUGAUGCGCGACGACCAGAGGCCUUUCUUCCGUCUUGCAGUGCAGCAAGCCGAAGCCGCCUACAACAUCAAGGCAAAUCACCCCAUCUUCUUCGAAUGGUUGCAGGACCCGGUGGCCGAAGUCUUGAGCUACAAAACCUCAGGCUUCUCCUUUGCCCUGAUUGCUGUGGCGUCGCACUUUGUCUUCAACCUCUUGUGCGUUGCAGGCGCUACCUUUGCAUUCUCCAAGCUGGCCCAUGAGUUUUGA